AUGGACUUUGCAGGCCCAAACACAAUCCAAAACCACCAGUCAUUGAAGAUAAAUCACAAAUCAAAUGAGGUAAAGGGCAUUGUGGAGAAUACAUCAAAGUACAAGGAGAUGAAGAAAAUGGGCUCAAGGCCACCAAGCUGUGAGCACAAGUGCUAUGGGUGCAUGCCUUGUGAGGCCAUUCAAGUGCCCACAACAAACAGAGUGUUGGGCCCCCAGUACACUAAUUAUGAGCCUGAGGGCUGGAAAUGCAAGUGUGGGCCCACAUUCUACAGCCCAUAA